AUGAAUGUUGUAACCUUGAGGAGUGGAAAGCAAUUAGAAAAUCCUCCUAUCAAGGAGCCAUCAAAGGAAGUUGUUGAAGGGGUAGGCGAAGGUGAGAAGGUGAUUGAUAGUCCGAUGAUCAAGGAAGAACCAAAGGAAGCAAAUCCACCACCACCUCUUGUUCCAUAUGUGCCAAAGGUUCCUUUUCCGCAGAGGUUAGCCCAAGCCAAGUUAGAGAAAAAGUAUGGAAAAUUUUUGGAUAUUUUGAAAAAGCUUCAUAUUAAUAUUUCAUUCUUAGAUACAAUAUCCGAGAUGCCAUCUUAUGCAAAAAUUUUAAAGGGUAUGCUCUCUAAUAAGAAAAGGCUAGAAGAGAAUGCUACAAUUGCUUUGACUGCAGAGUGUAGUGCAAUUUUGAAAAACACUCUUCCUAAGAAAUUAGGCGAUCCAGGUAGCUAUUCAAUUCCAGUGAAACUUGGAGAUAUUGAAAUUAACAGGGCAUUAUGUGAUCUUGGUGCAAGUGUAAGUCUUAUGCCACUUUCCAUUUGUAAGAAGCUUUAA